UGCAUGAUGUGCUUGUAUCAAGCAAGCGUCGUUUUCGUGUUGUGUUUUCUCGUGACGACGGCUGUUUCCAGCGAGUGCCCCAUCGGUUGCAGCUGCAGGGGGCCUUCCGAAGCCGAGUUCCAUACGGCUAUCUGUUACAACGAUGUUAAGGAGCCGACCAAAGACCUCCCGGCCGCAAUAAAAACGGUAGAACUCCGUUACUUGCCCUUUGUCUCCAUGCGGCGAUUUCUGAAGCACGCGCCUGAAGUCACCGAUCUUAUAAUCCAUGACAUAAAUGGCGACGAAGAGAAGCCCAUUCCGUCCAACCUUUUCAGCGGCAUGAAACACCUCAAGGCAUUAACGUUCCAUACACUGAAGCACGGAGUAGUGCCCAAAGGACUGGCUGCUUCCUUACAUGGCCUAAACGAGCUGCGAUUUUUAGACUUAGGUCGCAACCAGCUGGAAUGCAGCUGUGAGCUUGCCCAUUGGAUGAGCCAGCACCGCGUGAUACUCCUGGGCCUCCACAGUCUGUCAGCUUCGACAAAGUGCAAGGAGGCGGGAUUCACUGAAGACGUUUACGAAGCGGAUGAGCUACUGGAUGUGUGCCGUCAUCUAAACGAGACCACAGCCGCGGACCGAACGAAAGAGAAUGCAGUAAAGGAGAAGAAAGACGAAGCAAAAGUUUAUAAACACGAAGGAAAAGACUUCGGGAAAGUUGAAGAGAUUGUUGCCAAAGAGGACUUAGAAAAAGAAGAAACGAUGGAGGACAGACUUAGACGAUUGGAAGAUCUUUUACUGAGGAAGAAUGCCAUAUUUAAUGUGGGAAUCGAGGACAAACAUGAAGACAAAGAAGAAGACAAUGACUUUCAGGAGGAGGAAGAUGAAGAGGACGUUGAGGAGGAGGAUGUAGCAAGCGAGGAUUAUGUAAAAGCAAACGAGGUCCUUGUAAAGGCAAACAAGGGUCAUGCAGAAGCAAAGGAGGACCAUGUAAAAGCAAAUGAAGUGCGUGUAAAAGCAAACGAGGACCAUGUAAAAGCACACGAGGACCAUGUAAAAUCAAACGAGGUCCAUGUAAAGGCAAACAAGGACUAUGUAAAAGCAAACGAGGUUCAUAUAAAAGAGGACCCGACGGAAAAGAAACCACGACAACUGAAGAACAUUUUGCAGGGGAGGAACACCGGCAAAUUCGUGGUAGCUGGAGGGUCAAAGCUGCCAGACAGCCGCCACGCAGCAGGGACAGUGCGUCCGUUUCAAUGGGGACCAAAACAUAAGACAGGGGAAAGCCCUCCCAAAGAGGAGCCAAAAUUGGAGGAGCAAAACACUUUGAAGCCUAAGACAACUACCGCUCAAACUAACACAACAAUGUCGCCCCCGUUGACAGCUGCCACUCGAACGACGACGGAUGCACGGUCCACGCAAGAGUCGAUUACGACGAAGUCACCGUCGACAAGUAAAACGCCACAAGAUUCUAGCAGCAUCACGACCGUACCUGAGACAACUCAGGCAAAAUAUUCCGAGUACUCGACAGAAACCGAAUACGUCGAUACUGGAACAACGAAGGAGGCGACACCUGUACCGAGUACAACUCCACCAGAUAUGAACCUAAUGUCAACACAGUCAUACCCAGCCGGUAAAGCAUUUCCCUCAGCCGGUUCAGAGAAACAACCGAUUCAUAAAACAGUUAAACACACGUCAUCUGGAGCAAGCAAAACGCCCAGAAAGAGUUUCCAAUCCACCAGCCUUGGUCGAGGCAUUCAAACCGAAAAGGACAUAAAGAAAGGGAUUCUAGACGGAUUCAGGCUGUCGCUUCUGAAACGGCUCUCAGCGGAUGGUCUGGGGUCACCGCUAGAUGGCGCGGUCGAUGUCAAACUGCAUCCGGAUGAUCCGUUGGAAUUGCAACUGCUGAUGGAGUACGUUCAGCACAUUUCCGGAAGACAUGUACGCAUUGGACGGCCAGUCACGAACACAUAAACUUGUGUCAGAUGUCAG